AUGGACAUUAAAUCCAAUCAGAGUGACAAACCAAGCACGCUGUAUGAAGAAAAGAAAUGUCAAGUCAUAGACGAUAAGGAUUCUGCCAAAGAGAACAGCAACAAGGAAAGUGCACAAAAAAUUAUGGAAGGGGAAGUAUUACAAGAAGAAAAACAGAAUUUAGUUGACACAGAAAAUGCAGAGUUUAUCGAAUCAUUGGCUGACAAAAGUUGCUCUAAAAAAACAGCACUCAGAGAUGAUUGUGGAGACAUAUGCUGUACUUUACCCACUCCAUUUCAACCACGUGAUAAAGACACACUUCAACAAACAAAAGUCACAAUAAAGAGAAAGAAUAAAACCAUAACAAGAGCUGUUCAAGGAAAUUGGUUUGAUGAUUUUCCUUGGCUUACACUUUGCACAACCAGAAAAAAUGUCUUCUGCUUUUUCUGCCGAGAUGCUGCUAAGAAAAAACUUUUGAUGCUGAGUAAAAAUGCGGAAUUGGCCUUUUCUAAAAAUGGCUUUUCAAACUGGAAAAAAGCCAUUAAUCGUUUCAAGACACAUGAAAAUUCAUCAGCUCAUAAAGAAGCAGAAUCAAAUAUUAGGCGAUUGCAAAGUGGUGCCAUGGCUGUAAAUGAGCAGAUAGAUAAAAAGGAAAAGGAAGACCAGAAGAAAAGACGAUUAGCACUCUCCUGUCAGUUGUCUUCCUUGAAAUUUCUAUUACGACAGGGACUUGCAGUCAGAGGACACAGUGAAUCUGAAGGUCACCUCAUUCAGCUACUUAAAUUGCGAGCUGAAGAUAACCCAACAAUCUUGUCAUGGAUUGAAAAAGGGAGAUAUAUUUCUCCAGAAAUUGUGAAUGAACAAAUUUCUCUGAUUGGACUGGAAAUUUUGAGAUCAGUGCUUGAUGAUGUAAGACAGGCAAAAUGGUUUUCUAUUAUGGCAGACGAGACUAUGGAUGUUGCAUACAAAGAACAGUUAGUUGUAUGUGUCAGAUGGGUUGAUGACAGUUUCAAUAUUCAUGAAGAUAUGUUAGGUCUUUUUGAAAUUCAUUCGUAA